AUAAACCGCUCUGUCCAUGUAAAAGUGUUAUUAAUAUUAAUGAAUAUUAUAAGGAAAUAUACUUAUUACUCAGCAUGGUAAAAUGUUUGCUUUCUAUCGUCUUUCUUCUACUCUCUGUUAGAAACAUUUGUUCACAUACUCCAGAACAAUUGAACUGCGAACUCCCAUUUCUCGGACUUUUAGGGAUUUUCGCCAGUGUCCCAUCUGCAGCUCUUUUAGUCCGUAUACAAAGAUUGAGGUCGGAUAUAAGGGAUUGUGAACAUGAAAAGGAAAAUCUGGGAUUCGAAGUAUGCGAAAAGGCAUUGACACAAAAAAGGACAGAAGUGGAGGAAGCAGAGGCGGAUCUAAAGAAAUGCGAGUGUGGAUAUGACAAUUUUUAUGAAUUCCUUGACAAGUUGUGUGACGUAUAUAGAUUCAAAGAAUGUGAUUGCUCCUCCAUAAACUCUGAAGAAGAGUGUAACAGUACAGGGUAUUGUGAAUGGGGAGAUUGUGGGACCUGUGAUUGAUUUAAUUCCUGUAUAUGAAUUUUAAAAAAUGUCUCCGUGUGCCAAGAGGUGUUGUUGUUGGAUUGUUUUGUUUGGUUUAUUAGCUUUUGUUUUCUUUUGUUUUGCUUGUUCGUGUUGUUAUUAUUAUCGGGGUUUUCUUUAA